AUGGUAAUGGGUAGCAAAUGUCUUCGUGAUGCGGCGGCGGCCUCCGUGGCCGUCAAGAAAGCCAGGUUGGAGGCGAAAGCGUGGGUCUCCGAGGUGGAAAAACACCUCAGGAUGGCUGGCCCCAAGAAGGGGUCAGCCAGCGCCGCUGUUGGAAACGCCACAGAGAUCAAUCACUGGUUGGAGAGGAUCUCACUCCAACUGGAGCAGAUGACUGAGAUGCUUUGCAAGUUGAUAAGUUGA